AUGAAUUGUCAAACAUUAAUUGAAAAAUAUGUUAAUGAUCGUGAUGAAACGAUUGUUCACCAACUAGGACAAUUUUUGAUAACAAAAGAAUUAAUAUUAGUAGAUUUUAUUGUUAGCAUUGGUGAUUCUCUUCAAAGCAUAGAAUUAUCAAAACGAUCUUUGGCUUUAAUAUUAGUUGCAAAUGUUCUUGAAUGUUUACCAAAUACAUUUUUAGAAUCAAACGAAAUUCAUCAUUUAGUUGUCUUUAUAAGUGCAAAAAUGGGUGAUCAUAAUGUACUAAUACAACCAUCUGUUCAAUUAUUUCGUAUUUUAGCUAAACAAUCAGCUAUUACUGAUGAUGAUUGCAUAAUAAUAAUAAAAUCAAUAUUUUCUGAUGUUUAUGUACAAUCAUUUCCACAAGCAAGUCGAUAUAAUGUUUUUGUUAUUUUAUUACAUUUUUUGUUACAUCGUCUUGAUGCUGUUCGACAACUUGGUAGUGAUUUUGUUUGUAAUUUUAUACAAUCUAUGGAUGGUGAACGUGAUCCAAGAAAUCUUGUUCUUUGUUUUCAAUGUUUACAAUAUAUGACGAAAUAUUUAGAUAUUGAACCUUAUAAAGAAGAAUUAUUUGAAGUUGUUGCAUGUUAUUUUCCAAUGGAAUAUAAACCGAAAGCAACAAAUAAUGAAACUGAAGAAACAAUUACACAAGAACAACUUGUUCUUUCAUUGCGUAAUGUUUUAACAUCAACCGGCAAAUUCGCUCAAUAUUGUAUACCAAUGUUAAUUGAAAAACUUGAAUCGCAUAUAUCCAGUGCUCGUUUAGCUGCUAUGGAUGUUUUUAUUCAUUGUAUUGAUGAAUAUGAUGCUCGUGAUAUGAGUUCACAUUUAGUACCAUUAUGGAAUUUAUUUAGUAAACAGGCUUUAUGUGCUGAAAAUGAAGAAAUUGAAACAUGUGCACUUCAAAGUAUAACUGCAUUAAUGCAAUUAAUUGGAAAAACUAUUCAAAAUGAUGAAACAGAAAUUUCAACAAAGAAAUUUGUCGAUCGAGCUAUUCGAGAAUGUGGAAAUUUUCUUAAAGAAUUCGAUUUAAAACUUGCUUGGCCAGCAGUAAAAGUUCUUCAAUCUAUUGCACGUGCUAAUUCAACUGGUUCAUCACUUAUAUGGUCAAAUAUAAUUCCUUUAUUAAUCAAGCAAUUUAAGAAUUUAGAACAAGCUAAACAUAGAAGAACAAUUCUUGAUAUGAUUACUUAUCUUCUUCAGCCGACAGCUAUUCGAUCUAUAAUUAAAUUACCUUCUGAUGUAUCAGAUGAACUUUGGAUACUUGUAUCAGCACAUUUUGAAUCAUUUCCAAGUCAUUAUCUUUCAUUAAUUAGUAAUCUUUUAAUAUUAAAUACUACACCUGGUCAAGUACUUGAAGAUAAUUUAACAAAAUUUAUUUUACACGAAAAUAUUAGUGAUGAAUUAAAACCAAAGUUAUCAACUGUUUUGAAAAUAUUAGCGUCGUCAGCUUCAUUUGAUCGUAUAUGUACGAAUUUACUUACAAUUUUAAUCAAUUCAUGGACAGUUACAAAAACAACACCAUCGAAUGAAACAUUAGAAUGUUGUAUUGAUUUAUGUCAUAAUUCUGAACGAUGUCAAGAACGUCUUGAACGUUUCUUUUUUCCAUCACAACAAUUAAUUCAACUUUUACCAAAUCUUUUUAAAUAUUUAUCACCUUUAUAUAUUUUAACAAAUUUAUUUUCACCAUUAUUUGAUUUAUUAUUAACAUUGAUUGUUAAUGAUGAAUAUACAAAAAAUUUCUGUUCGAAAUGUGGUAGUAUUGCUGAUGAAAGUUGUAAAACAUUUGUUCAAAAUUUCUAUGAAACAAAUUUAUUCAAUGAUUCAAUGUGGCAAUCGGAUAAAGAAACAAAUUUAUUAAUAACGAUUUAUUUUAUUGGAAAUUUAAAACGAAAAUUUUUUCAACAUGAAUUAGAAAUAAUUUUUAAUAAAAUCAAUCAAAAAUUAAUGGAUAAAAUAUUAAAUCAAUCAUCAAAUGAAUUGACAGAAAUCUAUUGUUAUUUUUAUGGAAAUUUAAUUAAUAAAUUAGCUUCAAAAAAUGAAAUACUCGAACAAGCUCAAUCGAUGAUAAAACAAUGUGAAACAUCUCCUGAUGAAAAACAUAUUCAUUUAUGGACGAUUAUUGUUAAAGCAUUAAUUUUAUAUCGUCCUUCAUUUAGUGAACAAUAUAUUCCAAUAUUAAUAUUAUGGAUGAAUGAAAAGAAUAGUAUUGGUGAUUUAGCAUGUCAAUCAUUAAAAAUUUUAACUAAUUUCAAUGAACAAACUUUAUUAUUAUCAUCUGAAGUUGAUUGUAUUGUUCAUCCAAUGGUUAAACAAAUUAUUUUUAUGAAUAUACUUUCACAAAUGAAACCACUUUUGAUUAACAAUGAACUAUUACCAAGUCAAAUGAAUGUACUCGUUGAUUUAUUAGGCAAUGUACCAAAAGCUAUUAUUCAAGAUGAAAUAGUCUCAUUAUUACCUAUUUUAAUUCGAGCAUUAGCAUCAUCAAAUGAAUCAGUUUGGUCAUCAGCACUUAAUUCAAUAUGUGAUUUAAUUCAAUCUGAGCCAAAUAGUGUAGUUGAUCAUAUUGAUACACUUUUUCCACGUUUAAUAACUUUAGCAACUUAUCAAAAAGAUAUGUCAAUUCGUAUUACAAGUUUAAAAUGUUUGAAAUAUUUAACAAAUUUACCCAUACAUAAAAUUGAGCCAUAUCGACGUCAUAUAAUACAUCUAUUAAAAACAUGUGUUGGUGAUCAUAAACGUCUUAUGAUGUCGGAAGAAAAUAAUGAACAAAACGACUCAAAUUUAAAUUUAAAUCAUCAUGAAGUAAAUAGUAAUAAUAAUGAUGAUGAUAAUACAAUAAAAACUCAAGAUAAUCAAUGGAUUGAUGAAUUACGUAUAGCACUUGAAAAAGGAUGUGAUUUAGGAUCAAUUCGUAAUAUUGGCAAAUGUCGUCCACUUACCGAUGAUUUGAGAUUGCGUGUUUGGAAAACAUGUCUGGAUAUCAAUGAAACCAAUAAUGAAUAUGAAUAUAUUGAUAGUAAUGUUUUUGAUUUACCAGAACAAAAUGUAAUACAUGACGAUGUAUCACGUUUAGUACAUGCAUCACAAAUAGAUCAAGAUAUGUUAACAUCAAAAAUGACUGAUCUUGAAGCAGUCAUUACAUAUUAUUGUAAAAAAAAUCAUGAAACAUAUGGAAAAGGAAAUGGAUGGAUUGAAAUAUUUAAACCACUAAUUACUCUUGAAUAUAAAGACCGCUCUGAACUUUAUGCAUUAUUUGCUAGUGUUCGCAAUCGUUACAUACCUCGUGAUUGUGAAGCUGAUGGAAUGCCUUAUCACUUAUUUCGAUUAUUAUUACUUUAUCAUGAUCCAGAAUUAUGUAGUUUUUUUGAUACAAGAAAAAUUAUACCAGAUUUAUAUGCACAUAUUUGGAUUCGAAGUUUAUAUGCUGGAUCAUGUUCAUUAAAUGUUACUUUACCGCUUUGGGAUGGAUAUUUUCAACAUGCUGAUCAAUUUUUUGCUUUUUUUCUUGCUCUUGUUUUACUUAUGUUUGCUAAAGAACAGUUGUUAGAAAUGGCUGACAAGGAAAAAAAUGAAAUUAUUAAUUUUUUAUCAAAAGCACCAUCCAAUUUAACUACUGAUGAUUUAGAUGAUUUUUGUUCAUUAGCUAAUCAUUAUGCGUCAAAUACACCUCAAUCAUUCCGCAAAGAAUUCUAUUCAUGUUUAUUCAGUGAAACAGAUCGAUCAUUUUCUCAAAAAGCUUAUUCCAUCUAUCAAGCAUUAUGUUUACCUGUUUCUGUUCAAGAACUACUACAAGCAAAUCAAUUAGGCGGAACGGCAGGUGUCAGAUAUUUUAUUGUUGAUUGUCGACCAGCUGAACAAUAUAAUGCCAAACAUCUUUAUACAGCAUUUCAUCUUGAUGCGAAUCUUUUACUCGAAGAUCCAAAAGAAUUUGCUGGAACUGCAGAUGCACUUUUUGCUACACAAAAACGUGCUAUUGAUGCUGGUUCAGCAGCAGGUGGUGAACAUCUAUGUUUUAUAGGUUCAGGUCAUGAAGAAGAAGAUAAAUAUGUACGUAUGGUUGUAGCUUAUUUUUUACGACGCAAUACAAAAUAUGUUAGUAUUGCUUCUGGUGGUUAUGAAAUUCUUGCACAAGCUAUCGAAGACCCAACCAUGUUAAUUCAACAACAAGAACGUAAAAUCUCAACAGCAGCAGCAGUAGUACAGGAAUCACUAUCUAUUGGAUCAACACUUAAACAAAACAUAGCAGAAAAAUUACCUGUAAUUAAUACGCAGACGGCUUCAUUACUCAAUAUGAUUUCAAGUGCAGUUAAAACAAAAUCUAUUGAAGUCAAAGAUAAAGUUAAAGAUUAUAUAACUCAUACAUCAUUAAAUGAUUCAUCACAUUCAACAUCUAAACAUGUAAGUAAACAAGAUAAAGUCGGUAAACUUUAUCGACAAAAUCAACCAUCAGUUUUUUCACUCGAUGAAGAAGAUGAUGAUGAUACAACAACAUCAUCAUUGCGACAACAAGGAACAUCUGAACUUGUUGAUAUUGAAUCAUGGUUUUUACGUAGUGAUCUAUUAUAUAAAUAUGAAUGUGAACAUUUCGAUGAAAACGAUAGACCACAUCCAAGUCUUUUAUUAGUAUCAUCAACACAUUUAUAUAUAUUACGAAAAUUACCUGAACAUAAAACAAUGGCUAAUCUUGUUUCACGUCGUCCAUUAAAUAUAGUAUCAAAAAUAACAAGUAAAAAAAAUUUUCCUGAAAUUAUAACAUUUCGUUAUGCAGCCAACCAAGGCGAAGAAGAUGAACAAGAAAAAGCUAUUAAAUCGAAUAUGAAAAAUACAAAAAUAAAAAUUCCAAUUGAUUGUGAUAAAGUUUAUAUACCUGAUGCAGGUGAUGCUAUAAAGAAUAUCAAAAUAUUAAUUAUGAAAGCAUUAAAUAUGUUCGAAAUCUCGAAUGAAAAUUGA